CAGAGACUUUCUUCUGCAGGAGAUGUCCGAGCAAAUGAAACAAAAAGUAACAGACCGUCAAUGGAGAAAUCAGCUACUAUUCCUAAUCGAAAAUCUCAAACUUCCAGAAUGUCCGAAAGUCGUGACCCUAAAUCAAGAAAUUCCAGCAGUCUAAAUGUAACUUCUGAUAUGAAGUCGAGGACUUCUGAAACGCGUGAUAUGAAAUCUAGAAAUUCCACGAGUCAAGAUGUCCGAUCGCGAACUUCAUCGACUCAAUCUGUGACUUCUGCUAAAGCUAAUACUUCCAGAGAUUCUAGUUUACGGAAAUCUGGAAAAAUUUUGCCGCCAUCUUCUAAAGAAAGGUCUUCCAGAAAUUCUACUUCGCUGAUGGAAUCCAGAAAUUCUGCUGAAAGACCAUCCAAGAAUUCCAAUGUUAGUGCUUCCUCCAAAUUUCAUACUUCCAUGUCGACAUCAACUCUUGAUAGUGUUGGGAAGAAACCAACUGUUCCACGAUCUAGUUCUUUACAUCGAUCUGGCAGUCUUCCUCAGAUGAAAAAACGGCUUUCAGAAUCUUCCUCCUCACAGGUUUGUCUCAUUUUGUUUCAUUUUUCUUGUCAAUCAUUGAUAAUCUUUCUUUCUAGAGUAUUGAGAUCUGAUUUUACAAUUAAAAAAUGA